CUUGUCCACACUACGUCCCAACUUCCACUCGGGAAUCCCGCUCCCCAAAAACAACAUCAAAUUCCGAUUUGUUUUGCGCCAAGGGUUUCAUCAACAAGGAUUAGUUUCAUAUAGCAGUCAACAAGGAUUAGUUUCCAUAGCAGUCACAGUCAUUCUUGCAGCGAUUCGUUCAAAAUACCGCCACUAUGAGCUCGAGUACAACCCCCAUUGGCAACCCUGCCGAAACCCAUAACUCAACAACACCAGCAACAACAGAAGGAAAUGCCGCCGCAGGACUGGAUAAUGUCCUGCCCAAGGUAGCUGGUGGUGCGCCAGCACGGAUAUAUUUGAAUGAAAAGAUUACACCGUAUUUACUGGAGGGGAUGAAAGAAAUUGCAAGAGAACAACCGUCGAACCCGUUGAAAGUCCUUGGUGAAUUUCUCAUCAAGAAGAGUAAUGAAGUCGAGCAGGGUCAGAACAAUGCGCAGUAG